GGUUUGGAGGAGGGACUCCAUCAUUUAGAGAAGUUCCUGGUUUACCAGUUAGGAAAGAAGAGAGGCAGUCUAAAACCACCAGAGGCUCAAACAUGAACGUCCGUCACACUUUGAUCUGCUUCUUCUUCCUCUCUGGAAACACUGGUCUCAUCACCGAGGGGAUCACCGUUAUUACAGGAAAGGAGGGAGGAAACAUCACACAUGAGUGCAAAUUCUAUUCCAUUGCAAGUCGGAGGGCCUUCUAUAAAGAAAACGACAUUCUCAUUGAAACACAGAAGGACAAAGAUCAGCGUGGCAGAUACAGCAUUGAAUAUAAACCAGCAACAUUAACUUCAUCUCUGUAUGUGAGCAUCACAAACCUGACCAAGUCUGACGCUGGGAAGUACAGAUGUGUUUUGAAAAGAGAUUAUUUUAUAGAAUCAACCGAGGAGUUUGUGCUCAGAGUUGAAGAUGCUCCAAACACUCUGAAACCAAACUGGACUCCUGAACCUUUUCCAACAUCAGUCCCAUCAACCUCCACACCUUCAUCAACACAGAGUCUAACCUCCAGUUCAGGAAGCUCCACACCUUCAUCAACACAGAGUCUAACCUCCAGUUCAGGAAGCUCCACACCUUCAUCAACACAGACACCAGCUGCACGUCCAGGUACGCUGCUGUAUGUGCGUCUGACUCUGGUCAUCAUGAUCUUCAUAUCAUCAGCAGCUGUGCUGAUAUACUGCAGGAAGACGGACUGUAAACCCAAAGGACCUCCUCAGGAAGCAGAGUAUGUCAAUGUCACAGAGGCCGACCGAGUGUAUGAGGAGAUCAGAGAGGAGGACAGACAGAGCAGAUCUCCUCCUGUAGAAAUAUCUACAGUUUACGCCCACGCCAAAUACACCAAACCAAAUGCAGCUGAAGGCACAGACUGAAGACGACUCGAGCAGCUGCCCCGCUCAACAGCGCCCCCCGUGGUGAUGCAGAUAACACCGUCUACUCUGUGCUUCAGGCUGCAGCGAGCUCAGACGACCGCCACGCCGAACACGCUUCAGCUCCUCUGUACUCGACUGUUAAUGUUCAUCAGCAGUAGCUUCAAAGCUGCUGACGUGGGCUGAAUGAAGCCUGGCUGCUCAAACAAGACACCUGUGCUGACACCCACCUGUCAAUCAAAGUGUACUCCAUUUUAACUCUGCAUAGCUUUAAGCCUUAAUAUAAUGUGAACAGGUGAGUUGUAUAUAAAUUCACCCUCAGUACAGUUGUCAUGAACGGGGAAAUUAGCUACAGAGAACUGUUCUACAAAAAGUCAAUAUACGGGUUUAAAUGUGUUUUAUUGUUUUUUAAUGCAGAUCUUUUUGGUUCGUCUGACCUCUAUAGAUAAAAAACUUUGUUGUAGUUCACCCUCUUAUCAUGCUUUAUGUUACACAAAUUAUCUGUUUCCGUGAGAACAAAAUAAAACUUUUUGUCCAGAAAUAAAACU